UGCAUAGUAGAGGGUCGCGGGAUAUUGUUUGCCCAUGUGCUUCAUUUUCACUUCACAUAAAAUAAUAAAAUAAAUAAUUAUUUAAUUACUUGAAAAGUAUUAUAUUUUCAUAUUAGUCAUCUUAGAAUAACAGCUAGAAGAUCAGAACUUCUGAUUCGUUAUUUAGAGCUGACCUUAAUUACACCGAUUUCCUUAAUUUCAAAUUCGUCGACGAGUUAAGUAAAAUGGGAAGAAAGCGCAAGUUACAGGAUGUCGAUGAAGAUGAAGCAACGGAAGUCGACCUUCCCCCAAAGCAUUUGACCGUGUCGCAUCUUCGAAAAGAGGAAAAACGUCUCAUCGUCAUUUUGGAAAAGGCUCAGUUGGAAACUGCCAAGGUUGGAAAAGGAUUUGAACUCUUGAACUGUGACGACCACGCUGGAUUUUUGAGACGACACAAACGCGACCCUGCUCAAUGUAGACCGGAUAUCGCUCACCAAUGUUUGCUAAUGUUACUGGAUUCCCCACUUAACCGGGCUGGACUUCUUCAAGUUUAUGUUCAUUCUGUGGGGGGCGUCUUAAUUGAAAUUAAUCCUCAGACAAGAAUACCUCGAACGUAUAAACGAUUUGCUGGACUAAUGGUCCAAUUGCUGCAUAAAUUUUCCAUCAGAGCAUCCGAUGGGCCAAUGAAAUUGAUGAAAGUAAUCAAAAAUCCUAUAACGGACCAUCUCCCUGUGGGAUGCAUAAAAUACGGGACUAGUUUUUCUGCAGCCAAGUUGGUUAAACCUACAGAAUUGCCGAGAGGAGACCAGCCAGUUGUCAUUGUAGUUGGAGCAAUGGCGCAUGGAAAGGUCGAGGUUGACUAUACAGAAGAAAUCGUAUCCGUCAGCGGUUAUCCAUUGAGCGGUGCCUUGGCUUGUGCAAAAAUAACCAGUGGGUUCGAAGAAGUAUGGGGAAUUCAUUAGACGUUAGAUUGCUUUUCGUUUACUUUUGACAUUCAUUAAGUGUUUGUACUUGUUCGCAAAUUUUGACUGGAAUUCUAAUAAUUAUUUUCUUUAGUUAAAAUGACCUUUAAUAAAAUUGUUGGUUCCUUUCAU